AUGCAUUGGGUACUGUUCUUUUACGUAGUGAAGAUAUUUUUGUGGUAUCUAACUCUCUCUUGCUUCCUUAGGGCUGUGUGCAAGAAGUUUGGGCUACAUGUAAGCCGUCUGAUGUUGGCCUUCUUAGUACUCAGUACUGGGAUGUUUUGCUCAUCUGCAGCUUUCCUCCCAAGCAGUUUCUGCAUGUACACCACAGUGAUUGCCAUGACUGGCUGGUAUAUGGACAAGACUUCUGUAGCAGUGCUGGGAGUGGCCGCUGGUGCCCUUCUGGGCUGGCCCUUCAGUGCAGCUCUUGGGCUUCCUAUUGCCUUUGACUUGUUGAUACUGAAGCAGAGGUGGAAGAGUUUCCUAAACUGGUGUGUGGUGUCAUUGAUCCUGUUUUUGGUGCCCUUGGUAGUUGUGGACAGCUAUUACUAUGGGAAGCUGGUAGUUGCACCUCUCAACAUUGUUUUAUACAAUGUCUUCACCUCUCACGGACCUGAUCUCUAUGGUACGGAGCCCUGGUCCUUCUAUUUCAUCAAUGGCUUUCUGAAUUUCAACGUGGCAUUUAUUUUGGCACUGCUUGUGCUGCCACUGACUUGUCUUAUGGAGUGUCUGCUUCAGAAAUUUCAUGUUCAGAAUCUGGGCCGUCCCUACUGGCUGACGUUAGCUCCUAUGUACAUUUGGAUCGUGAUUUUCUUCAGUCAGCCCCACAAAGAAGAGAGGUUUCUCUUUCCCAUCUAUCCCCUCAUUUGUCUCUGUGGUGCUGUGGCACUCUCUGCUCUUCAGAAAUGUUACCACUUCAUAUUCCAGCGCUACCGCCUGGAACACUACACAGUCUCCUCCAACUGGCUGGCUCUGGGGACUGUCUUUCUCUUUGGCCUUUUGUCAUUGUCACGCUCUGUUGCCUUAUUCAGAGGCUACCACGGGCCCCUGGACCUGUAUCCAGAAUUUCACAGGAUUGCUACUGACCCGAGUAUUCACACUGUGCCGGAGGGGAGACCGGUUAAUGUCUGUGUGGGAAAGGAGUGGCACAGAUUUCCAAGCAGCUUUCUCCUGCCAGAGAAUUGGCAGCUCCAGUUCAUCCUGUCGGAAUUCAGGGGCCAGUUACCAAAACCAUUUGCCAAGGGACCAAUGGCCACACGGAUCAUUCCCACUGACAUGAACGACCAAAACAAGGAAGAGCCAUCUCGAUACAUUGAUGUUUCCAAAUGCCACUAUCUGGUGGACCUGGAUACAGCAGCUGAAACCCCAAGGGAGCCAAGGUAUUCCUCCAACAAAGAAGAGUGGAUAACCAUUGCCUACAAGCCAUUCCUAGAUGCUUCCAGGUCCUCAAAGCUGCUGCGUGCAUUCUACAUCCCUCUCCUCUCAGAACAGUACACAUGGUACGCAAACUAUACUAUUCUGAAAUCCCGGAGGUCGAAGCAAACCAGGAAAAAAAUGGGAGGCUAGCAACACACCUGGGCAACAAAACCAAAGGCAUCUGCUGACACUCUUGGACAGCUGCCUAAGCCGUCUUCAGUUCACUUUUUGAAAGAUUGCGUGUGUAAGAUUCACUAAUAAAGAUUUCCCAUGAAGUGAUUUCACUCUGCAA